AUGGACAGACAGCGCUGCAUAUGGCAGCAAAGAAUGGGCAUGAGGCGGUUGUUAAGCUGCUUCUCGAUACUAGCAAGGUUGACGCAGGUGCUCAGGACCGGUACGGACGGACAGCGCUGCAUAUAGCGGCAGAGAAUGGGCAUGAGGCGGUUGUUAAGCUACUCAGCCUUGCAUCCUAAGAGGCAGGCUUGGAGGACAACUCCACCUCGAGUCAGCCUUUCACAAUCUUUCCUCCUGUAAGAAUUGAUCUUGGUUUACUCCCUAAUCUUUAUUAUUUACUCCCUAUUGCUUCCUAUC